CUGAGAUAUCCAUUGGAUGGAUUCGUUAUCCCCAGAAUAUGAGUCGGAUCUCAGGAUCUUUGCCGCUCAGUAUUUCCAAGUCGUUGACGCGCAAAGUCUAAUUUUCCCGUCCAACCCGGUCCUCAUCAAACCUGCGGCCCAGAAAUGGGUUUACCAAAAUAUGUUCAACGAAGAUGUAAUCUGGCCAAUUCCACCAGCAAGCUACCGUAUGCGUGUUCUUAAAGCUCUGUUGUCCAGGAUUGAAGACUCAAUUAUGGACCCUGAGGAGGAUGAGAUCUCUGACGAUCUCAUGGCUUGUUGGGGUGAUCUGGUUGCUCGCCCAAAACGGCCACCGCUAGAGGAAGCUCAGGAUCUGUCUUACAUCAAGUAUUCACCGCCAGGAACAUUGGGCCGCGGAGAAUCCCAGGCUAUCGUAACGUCUGAGAAUCGUGGGCUCAUCCUGUCCUCAGGUACUACAGGAUUCCGCACGUGGGAAGCAGCUUUGCACCAAGGGACAUAUCUUUCUACCCCGGCGGGCAGGGCUGUGGUCUCAGGGAAAAACAUCGUGGAACUGGGCGCCGGCACCGGGCUGGUUUCAAUGUACUGCCUAAAAUACCUAGGUGCUAAGAGAGUCGUGGCUACGGAUCGGGAGCCGGCAUUGAUUUCUAACAUUGAGGAUUGCGUGGUACGAAACAACCUUGACUGUUCGAAAUUCCAUAGCCGUAUUUGGGAGUGGGGUAGACCCUUAGAACUUCCGGAUGAUUCAGGUGCAGAUCAUCCAACUACUUUCGAUGUUGCACUGGGCUCUGACUUGGUAUGCGCCUCCCAAAACCAUCUACAUGUCUCAGAUGACUUGAAGGCGCGUGUGCAUCGUACUGAUCCAUGGUAUGAUUGGCAGAUAUACGAUGCUGACCUCAUACCUGUACUUCUGUCAACAUUGCGUGAACUAUUUGAAAAUUAUGGUCUCAAGGUGUUUUUAAUAUCGGCAACGCUCCGCAACCGGAAGACCUUCGCAAUGUUCCUCAAAUCCUGUGGUGUGCAUCCCUGUCAAUCAUCUCUAAUGUAUGCAGGGUGGUACACCAAAAGUCACUAA